CCGCCAUCUGAAAGAGCAGCCAAACGUUAGUAAGUUUACCAAAUCUGAGAGUUAUUGGUUUAAACGCAAAGGCAUGGUACAGUCUUUUAAAAAUCGCUAUAAUAAGAGAGCUUUGGCAGAUGUCUAAUGCACUCAGAUGCUACGUGUACACACAGACCACAGACAGGCAGCCGUACACACGCUGAAUUCUCGAGCAUUGCAGAGACUCAUGGGAUAGGGGAAUCUCCCCAAAAUUCCCCUAUCCCAUGAGUCUCUACAAUGCUCGAGGAUAGCAAGGAAAUUUCCGUCAUUUUAUCGCUGCGUUACUCCAUCGUAUUUUGUCUCUCUAGUAGUUUGAACUGACGGUACCGCUUUUCGACUAAACCAUGCCUGGAUAUCGUCUAGUCGGUGUGGAUAAAAGCAACCUUGAUGCUAAGUAUUUUUGCAGUCUCUGUGGCGAUCUUCUGAGAGAUGCCGUUCAGACGGAAUGUGGCCAUGUCUAUUGCGAGUCAUGUCUUACACAGUUGUUAGAGAAUGCUACAAUGCCUUUCUGCUGUGCAAAGGAUGGGUAUGUUAUUCACAACUUGAAGAACCAGACUUUAAAAGAUAAGUUCAUGCGCCGUGAAAUUCUUGCCUUGACGGUACAUGUAUCCUGCACCUUUCAAGAUGAGGGAUGUGCAUGGAGAGGAGAAGUAAAUCUUUUUGAGGACCAUGAAGCCACAUGUGGAUUCAUGAAAGUUCCUUGUGUUUAUCGGGCCUGUGGGUUGCUGGUUAAAAGAGGUGAUCUUGGUCAUCACUUGACAACAGAGUGUAGCUGUAGGCCAGAGAAAUGUAGAUUUUGUGGCUUUGAACUCAGCUGCAACUUGAUGAAGGAACAUCUUCGGACUUCUCAUAACCAUCUCUAUUAUGAGAUGGAUAACCUCAGAGAUGUGGUGGAUGACUUUCUACAUGUACUGGAAAAUCUCAAAGAGGAGCAACGUGAUUUCCAAGACGGGCAACGUCAUCUUCGAGACAACCUUCAAAACGCAAUGCGGCAACUGCAGGAGUGCCUAGCUGAACAUGGAAACCUACAAAAUAGACAAGAUGAUCUACAAAAUGCAGUUCGGAUGGUCCAAGAGACUAUUGCAGAGUUAAUCAGAUCAUACGAUGACCAGAAGAUGGAACGCAAUUUAUUUAACGAGAAACUGGUCAACCUAGAAGACAAGUUUAACAAAGCUUUGCAGGAGGGCGUCAGAGUGCAGCAGCUGGCCACGUUGCAAGAACGCAGGAUCGAGUCUCUCGAGCACACACUGGCACUUAGAAAUGUAACACUGGCUGACUUAGAGGAGUACGUGAGACAACAAGAAUUCUCAAGCUUCGACGGUCAGUUGCUGUGGAAGAUUUCCGAUUAUGCUCGCAGAAGAAACGACGCAGUUACCGGACAACAGGUGUCCUUCUACAGCCCGUGUUUUUACACCAGUCGCUUUGGAUACAAGAUGUGUGCACGGGUAUAUUUGAAUGGCGAUGGCAUGGGCCGAGGUACACACAUCUCGAUCUCCUUUGUGGUCAUGCGUGGUCAGUACGAUGCAUUGCUGCGCUGGCCAUUCAGACAGAAGGUCACCUUCAUGUUACUGGAUCAGGAUAACGUGGAACACGUGAUCGAUGCCUUCAGACCUGAUCCGAGCAGCUCCUCCUUCCAGAGACCGACAAGAGAAACCAACAUCGCCAGUGGAUGUCCAAUGUUCUGUUCCCUUGCUCAACUUAACAACCAUGCGUAUGUUCGAGACGAUACUAUGUUCCUAAAAAUCAUAGUGGAUAUAAGUGAUCUGUAACAAGCAUUACAGAAAGGGAUAUAUACUCGAUACGUCAGCUUUUCCAAAUUCGCUACAGUGGUUAAUUUCUCUUUUGUAUCAGCUUUUAGUUGAUUAUGAAUUAAGUAUUUCACUUGCCUGGCAACCCAGCAAAACAGUUUCUUUAGGAGUAAACUACCUUGAUCCUUAGUGAGACUCGGGAGGAACAUGUUUGGGGGUACAACUUUGUCGUGUGCAAAAAGCUCUCUAGUCUAUUACACGUAUUGUUUUCUCGUAAAGCAAACCUACAAAUUGCUUUGAAAACUUCCAUAAAACUUCUCUUUAAACUUGAAACCUGUUUGCCUAUGACAUUCGUAGAUGUAUGCUAUUUUUGCACGGCGCUAGCAGCGCAUGUUAAAAUAUCGCGUGCAAUAAACUUGUACCAUCUUAAUUGGCGCCUACCUCUGUUGUUUGGAUCACUCUGAACGAGGGAGGGGGAGUAGAGGUGCUAAAUCGAACUUAAACCAAAUUUCACACUGCUUAAUACAGUGAAGCAAAUUAAUGGUAGAAAAAGGAAGCCUUGUGAGAUCAGACUCUUUGAAAAAGUGUAGUUUCGCUUGAGAUCUGCUUGGUUAACUGUUUCAAAGUUGUGUUUUUGGAUCUCGUAUUUUUUGUCUGUCUUUGCUUCAUGUACGAGUCGGCUCUUGCUUUUUGGUCAGUGAUAGACUUGUAGAUUUAGCAUCUCCUGGCUGGCUACACCCUCCUAGGUGAUCUGUCCUUGUUUUUGUGGGUAAGUGCUAUAAGGGCAUGUUCCUGUCAUGUUGCUUGAUGGAGGUAAUGUGAAAGAAAGAUUUGUACAGGCAUUUAUUGGAACGGAAAUAGUGUGGGCAAUCUUGUCCCCAGAAUUCACGCGGCUUUGGUCAGCUGUGAACAGGCCGAGCGCCCAACUUCAUUUUAUGUCAAAAGCCGGAAUCUGAAAUUCUGGUUCCGUUUUAUUGUGAGCGUGGAUUAUUGUGUUUGAACGUGCGCACAGAGAGUGACCGGCGUUACUAAUGCUGGCUCACCAACCCAUUUUUUUUAAAUGCAGUGAUGUUUCGCCUGUGUUUUUUUUUCGUGCUGACUGAAAGGGACCGUGGCUCUGGGAACGAGGUUGGUUUUGUAGAGGAACACUCGGUCCACCGAGUGUCAUGAACUUAAUGAUAUCUUACGUGUAUGUUCAAGACGACAUACAUUGUUUUUGAAUGCAGUGAUUGAUAAUGCAGACGUUUGAAAUACACGGUGUUUUUUGUCGUAAUGCUAGGCUAGUAUGCAUUGUUUACAAAAAGAGAAUAACGAAAACUGCUUGUUAACUAAAACCUACUUGAAAAACUUAAGCAUUGUUCGUCUCAACAGGUAGAAAGAAUACAAUGGUGACUUAGUUGUCAUUCAUUUCAUGUUUCAUGUAUUUGUUUAUUUGCAGGUGCUCCCUGGCUAAAAAUAGAAUUUUAAUUUUUAAAUUUUGAAUUUUAAAUUUUAAAUAGUAAGUAAGUACGUCAGGGUCGCCCACUCAGCAAUUAGGCUGGUAUCCAUAAGGGCCCUGGGAGCUCGUUCGUGAUGCGUUAUUGAUAUAUUUGUUAGAGACAAAGGACGUAAAUUUUAAUACCGUUUUAUAUUCUGUACCCAGUUAUGUUACUCAAUUUAGAAGAGUAUUCCUACCUCUAAUCUAAUGGUUGUAAUGGAACAAACUGAAUCUGUAUAAGUUAAUAGAGGUCAAAUUUUACCACU